UAUAUAUUCAGUAUCUCCCGAGAGCUCAUCUGUGCCGGGCAUUGUGCCAGCUGCUGGGUCUGCAAAGAGAAACGAGACACCGGCCGACACUCCAAAUUACCAACGAUGAUUAACAAAAAAUAGCAGAACCUUCGUGAGCCUGGGGAAACGGAUUAGGUACUGCCUUCCCUUGGAAGGCAGAUUCAGAAUCCAAACGCGGGAGAGAAAAAGGCAGCAGCCCCCGAAAUAGAGUCAGGCAGGAGGGAAGGUCAGGGGGAAGAGGGAGACUUCUUUUCCCAGGGAGGGAAUCUGUCAAGGCCACUCAAACGUUUCUCCAAGACUGCGUGAGAGAAGAGGUUUGUUUUUCUUUUGGAAAGACGGAGCCCUUUUCCCUACUGGGCUCUGAUUUCUAGUAGGAGAAGCCCCGCCUCUCAGGGCCGGAGAUUGGCCCAACUCGUUCUCAGAUAAUUUAUGCCAGCAUCCUCUCGGUCUUAUUGGCUCCCCUGCUCCAUUCCGCUGGGAGUCGCAUCCUACCUGGUUGGGAGGUGUACUGCCUUCCCACACUCUCCCUUCUCGUACUCACUCACCCGGCUGCUGCUGAGGUGGGAGAAAAAGUCCUGGCUGGGAGAGCUGAGAGGAAAAAGCAAUCCUGAUGGGUUCUUGGAAAGCUGCUCUCUUCUCCCCUUUUCUUUUGUGGAGCCAAAGUAGAGUGGUGAGGCUGAUGUUCUUGUUACUGACCCUGCAUUUGGGAAACUGUGUUGAUAAAGUGGAUGACGAAGAUGAUGAGGAUUUAACAGUGAACAAAACUUGGGUCUUGGCACCAAAGAUUCAUGAAGGAGAUAUAACACAAAUUCUCAACUCAUUGCUUCAAGGCUAUGACAAUAAACUUCGCCCAGAUAUAGGAGUGAGGCCCACAGUAAUUGAAACUGAUGUUUACGUAAACAGCAUUGGACCAGUUGACCCCAUAAAUAUGGAAUACACAAUAGAUAUAAUUUUUGCCCAAACCUGGUUUGAUAGUCGUUUAAAAUUCAAUAGUACCAUGAAAGUGCUUAUGCUUAACAGUAAUAUGGUAGGAAAAAUUUGGAUUCCUGACACUUUCUUCAGAAACUCAAGAAAAUCUGAUGCACAUUGGAUAACGACUCCUAAUCGUCUGCUUCGAAUUUGGAAUGAUGGACGAGUUUUAUAUACUUUAAGAUUGACAAUUAAUGCAGAAUGUUAUCUUCAGCUUCAUAACUUUCCUAUGGAUGAACAUUCCUGUCCGCUGGAAUUUUCAAGCUAUGGGUACCCUAAAAAUGAAAUUGAGUAUAAGUGGAAAAAACCUUCUGUAGAGGUGGCUGAUCCUAAAUACUGGAGAUUAUAUCAGUUUGCAUUUGUAGGGUUACGGAACUCAACUGAAAUUUCUCACACCAUCUCUGGGGAUUAUAUUAUUAUGACAAUUUUUUUUGACCUGAGCAGACGAAUGGGAUAUUUCACUAUUCAGACCUACAUUCCGUGUAUUCUGACAGUUGUUCUUUCUUGGGUAUCUUUUUGGAUCAAUAAAGAUGCAGUACCUGCAAGAACAUCACUUGGUAUCACCACAGUCCUGACUAUGACAACUCUGAGCACAAUCGCCAGGAAGUCAUUACCUAAGGUUUCUUAUGUGACUGCGAUGGACCUCUUUGUUUCUGUUUGUUUCAUUUUUGUUUUUGCAGCCUUAAUGGAAUAUGGCACUUUGCAUUAUUUUACCAGCAACAAAAAAGGAAAGACUACUAGAGACAGAAAGCAAAAAAAUAAGAGCUCGAUGUCCCCUGGACUCCAUCCUGGAUCCACUCUGAUUCCAAUGAAUAGCAUUUCUCUGCCACAUGGAGAAGAGGAUUAUGGGUACCAGUGUUUGGAGGGCAAAGAUUGUGCCAGUUUCUUCUGCUGCUUUGAAGACUGCAGAACAGGAGCAUGGAGGGAAGGAAGGAUACACAUACGCAUUGCCAAAAUUGACUCCUAUUCUCGAAUAUUUUUCCCAACAGCUUUUGCCCUAUUCAAUUUGGUUUAUUGGGUUGGCUACCUUUAUUUAUAAAUUCUGUUCACUAGGCAAAAAUCAUAAGAAGUUUAACUAAAUCCGAUAAAAUCUACUGCACUUCAGUAACAGGAAGUUUUAAAUUUAAAAUGCAGAAAACCAAUGUAAAAUUAAAGCUAUUAAAAUGUAAAACUAUUGAACCAUUCUAUGGCUUCAAAGGUAAAUAAAGUAGCAGCUUUCAUAUUAAUUUACUUAAAUGUAUGUAAAAUAGAUUAGUUGCAAAAUUCAGUAUAUAAAAUACUAUUAUGUAUUUUUACUUUAAUCUUAUUUAUUUUACUUAUAUCCCAUUAGGAUUUUGAAUUUGUUAAGUUCUGUGAUUCAUAUUUUAAAGAGGGAUUACUUUAUUUUAAUAAUAUUAUAUUUAAAUAUAAUCUGUCCCUUUUUGUAAUGGGAGCAUAAUCUCAUGCCUAAUGUUUAUAUAGUAAUUUUUUGCUUGGAAAAUAUUGUUAUUUUGAUUUUUCUCUUACUUUUUAUUUGUAUGCCCUGUUUGCAAUAGAGCUAGUGAAAACCAUGAUUUCCUGGCAUUUCUAUCCAGAUGUUUUACUCUCAAGAACAAAUUAAAUUAGAAGAAAAGGCCAGUUUUUACCUUAUUAUAAGACCAGUUUUUAAUCUGUAUUUUAGUCAAGUCCAUUUCCUGACACAAUAUUAAAUAGAACUCUAGUUACAUUUAGUUUUGGUGAUUUACCAACUAGGAUGGAAACCACCAAGGUCAUUUCUUUUAAAUACAAGGGGAAAAUAGAAUGUUACACUUAUCAUUCUAUUCUCUGCCUCACAGCAUUUAUGAAGUAUGAAGAAGUUAACACUGAAAUGUUUGGAUCUACCAAGACUGAAAUUAAAUACAGAAAGAAUUGAUUUUUUUCUUUAUGCUCUACAAAAGCAUUGCAUUCUCUAAAUUAACAAAACGUUGAAGAAUAGUGCUUGUAUAUACUUAUUGUGGAGAAAGAAUUAUUAUGUAACAACGUGAGUAACAGUCAUAUUGAGGAUAUGGGCUUAAAUAUGUAUCAUUAAUAAUUGCCGGACUAAAAACAUUCUAGUAAUAUAGUUUUAGGUGCGUGUUAUAUAUUGUCUUUUCCAGCUCCUACGUUUGGCUCCUGUCAGUUUUACAUCUUUGUUAUAAAUUGUUAUGAUGUUCUCUUUUUUAAAAAAUGAAAGCAGGCUCAAAAAUCAUGUUAAAAGUAAAAUUCUAUUAUAGGCAUCUCUAAGGAACAUGAGUGCGGGAGCCCUCUAACUUCUUAGAGAUAAAAGCAGAGAAGGCCUCACUGUAGUGUAAAGCCAGUUUCCCAAAUGCCUCUUUCAUGAAGAGGAGAGUUAAAUUUAGGCUUUAAUCAUUACAUUCUUGUAAAUAUUUUGGCAUAUUGGUUGUUUAUUAAGAACCCCAUACUCAUUCAUCUAAUUUUGGGGGAAUUCACAAAAGUGAUCUUGGUACUAACCUUUAAAAAUAGCUUCCAUUGCCAGGAGCAAGUAUGAGGAUAAAGAGUGCUGUGAUCAAAGCCUAGCCUACGGAAUGUGGAGGAAGCUCACACCUGUGCAUUUGACACUAGUUUUUAGUACAGAAAUUCCCCCAACUGGUUAGUGAAUACAUGAGUGAGGCUUUGACAUGGUUAUAUUUAUCUUUUUAGAAUAUAUAGUUUUUUUUAAAUCUAAAUACAUUUCAUUGUGUGUUCCUUAGCUAAAUCAGAUUUUUUUUUUUACUUUGAUUAUAAACCUCUGAAAAAAAAGUAAGCGUGAAUUGACUGAUAAUGCCCAAAAUAUCCACCGACACUACCUUUUUUGAAUGGAGAGCCAAAUUAAACUUUGGCCAUGUAUAUAUUCAUGUACAAAUUAUUCACGCGUUCAUUUUUAUAACGUUGAGUAUUGAUGGAUAUUCUUAAUGUGAACAUUCAUUUAUGGAUAAAUGAAAAAUGAAGUAUCCAUGGAGAAUAAAACACUUCACUAAAAUGUACUAUGGCUAUUUCUGUGUAUUAAGCUAUAACCUGUUCAUUUUCAUGAAGGCAAUUUUAAUUCUGGGAUUCCUCAACUCUAUCUGAGCAUGACUGUAUUUUUAAAUACUUUAAAAUGCUUACUAUAAAUAGCUUGGAUGUUCUCAUUGGUGUUCCAUGAACUUGGCUUCAAAUGUUGGCAAUAUUAAGAAGCGGAAAUAAAAUUGAUGAAAAUAUGAAA